AAAGCAGACCACAGCAAGAGGACUGCCUUACACCUCGCUGCACAGAAGGGUAAUGUGCGCUUUAUGAAACUCUUGUUGUCGAGACAUGCUGAUUGGCUGUUGAAGGAUCUGGAGGAAAUGACACCAUUGCACCUGGCCACCCGUCACUCUAGUUCCAAACCUCUUUCUCUUCUCCUCAAACACAUGGCACCAGGAGAGGUGGACACACAGGACAAAAAUAAGCAGACAGCGCUGCACUGGAGUGCAUUCUACAAUCACCCUGAACAUGUGAAGUUGCUCAUUAAACACGAUUCAAACAUUGGAAUCCCAGACAUCGAGGGCAAGAUCCCUCUGCACUGGGCCGCCCAUAACAAACACCCUAGCGCAACACACACUGUACGCUGCAUACUGGAAGCAGCUCCUACAGAGUCUCUUUUGAACUGGCAGGACUAUGAAGGGCGGACUCCGCUGCACUUUGCAGUGGCUGAUGGGAAUGAGUCUGUAGUAGAGGUGCUGACAUCAUACGAGGGCUGCAGUGUCACUGCCUAUGACAACCUGUUCAGAACACCUUUACACUGGGCUGCACUGCUGGGUCACGCACGGAUUGUUCAUCUCCUGCUGGAGAGGAAUAAGUCUGGAACUAUUCCCUCAGACAGCCAGGGAGCCACUCCUUUACACUACGGAGCCCAGAGUAACUAUGCAGAUACGGUUGCCGUGUUCUUGCGGCACCCGUCGGUGCGGGACGAGCCGGAUCUGGAGGGCCGGACUGCGUUCAUGUGGGCGGCCGGUAAAGGCAGCGACGAUGUCAUUAGAACCAUGCUGGACCUGAAGAAAGACCUAGACAUUAACAUGGCCGACAAGUAUGGAGGAACAGCGCUGCAUGCGGCAGCUCUCUCGGGUCAUGUGUCCACGGUACGCUUGCUGCUGGAGCGAGGGGCCAUGGUAGAUCCUCUGGACGUGAUGAAACACACUCCGCUGUUCCGCGCCUGUGAAAUGGGUCACAGAGACGUCAUUCUCACACUCAUCAAAGGUGAGGCUCGUGUGGAUCUGGUCGACAUAGACGGCCAUUCGGCGCUUCACUGGGCGGCCCUUGGCGGAAACGCAGAGGUGUGCCAAAUUCUAAUGGAGAACGGCAUCAGCCCAAACCUGCAGGACCACGCGGGCCGGACGCCCCUGCAGUGUGCUGCCUAUGCUGGGUACAUCAAUUGCAUGGCCCUGCUCAUUCAACACAACGCUGACCCCAACCUCCAGGACAAAGAGGGGAGGACUGCACUCCACUGGUCUUGUAAUAACGGCUAUUUGGAUGCCGUGAAGCUGUUGCUCAGUUGUGGAGCGUUCCCUAAUCAUAUGGAACACACUGAGGAGAGGUACACCCCUUUGGAUUACGCCUUGCUGGGGGAGCACCAUGAGGUGACUCAGUUCCUGCUGGAGCACGGUGCCCUGUCUAUUGCCGCCAUCCAGGACAUUGCGGCGUCCUCCAUACAGGCCCUGUAUAAAGGCUACAAGGUCCGACGCGCAUUCAGAGAACGCAAGAACCUGCUGAUGAAGCACGAGCAGCUCCGUAAAGACGCUGCCAAGAAGAGGGAGGAAGAACGUAGACGUGAGGCUGAGCAGCAGCUUUCAUUGGCUGGAGCAGAACAGCAACAGCGUCUCUCAUUGGCUACAGCUGAAGACCAGAGGCCGUCUUUGGCUGGAGCAAGUAUGGGCGUAAAAAACCCAGCAGUCUCCCAAGUUCUCAAAACCAAAAAAAGCCCCAAAACCCAACAGAACAAACCAGACAAACUGAGACAUAAAGAACGUAGAAGGAAAGAGGUUGACACGACAGUGACCUCUGCCCUUCCAGCGUCGUCUCCCGGUUCAGAACAAGAAUCCAGAACCGUGGUUAAUUUGGACUGCGUGACGGGCGUGUGCAGUUCAGACACGUGCGCGUCGACGGUGUGCGUGUCCAAACGGGAGCGAAGGUCUCCCGCCGGGUCCAGUCGACCCGGGAGCGCGAAACCCACGCACGCCGGGGUCCACCAAGCACCCGGAACCACCGAGACCUCCAGAAGUUCCAGACCCAGGACCGCAGGGAUCCACCAAGAACGCGGACUCGACGAAGCCUCCGCGGUGGACCACCCCAGACCAUCCGUAGCCGUAGAAACCCAGACGAAACCAGAAUCUGCAGGCGACUCAGGACCUUGUUCCGAAGUAGACGUGACUCAGGACGCAGACGACCACGGUGUGACCAACGCUGUCAGCUUAAUCCAGCAGAGACCAGAGGAAAAAGAGAGACGGACAGAGAGAGACAUGGAGAAACCAACAGAGAGAGAGAAAGAGAAACAAAGAGAGGAAAAGGACGACAGACAGACAGAAAGCAGGGAGAGAGAAUCAGACAGAGAUAAGGCAGCGAAGAGGAGCGAGAAAGAGCACGGGCGACGGACAGAACGGAAGAAAGAGAGGCUGGCGGAGAGAGAGAGGGACAGACGGGCCGAGAGAGAGAGAGAACACGGGAAAAAGAGCAUCCGCAAAAAGAAUCACGCGGCGAGCACCAUACAGAGAGCAUGGAGGAGGUCCCGUCUUCGCCGUCGCCUCAGGGAGGCGCUGCGUGCAAGUGAAAAGGGGGCGGGGCCGGCAGAGGUCACCGCCCUCCUCCUCCAGCUCAUAUGGGACUGGCCAAUCAACAUAGAUCAUGCCACCCUAACGACCGGCGCCGAGCAACGGGUUCCUGCCGCAAAGACCACAGGAAAGAAAAGCACUGUCUUGCAGAAUAUCUAUGGAGGGUCCCAGGCCAGGAUGGGACGAGGCCUUAGAGGAGCAGUAACACUCAACUCACGUAGUCAGAGCCAGUUACUACUGGAUCUGUCACUCAAAAACAACAAACACUUGAGCGGCGUGGAGUGUGUACACCUGUUGGAUUCACUGGGUCAGGCCAAGCACUAUUCAUACCACAUGAGACCACAGAGUGCCAGCAACUAUAGUACACAUAACAGAACCAAAAACUGAUAGACACACACACACACACACACCCACACACACACCAUUAAACCAAACCAAACCAAACCAAGAGCUGAGACACACAUAGAUACCCGGAGACGGGGCCGUGACUGGCGGGACGCUCUGGAAAAAGACUGAUUGCACACGAAUACAAAUGAAAAGUGUGUCUGUCUGAGAGAUGGACAAACGAAAUGACACGAGGAUGUCACA